CAACGAGAUUGCGGAAGUACCGUUUAAAACGCCUCGAUUUAUCGUUUGUGUAAGGAACUUUGAUGAAGAUAAGGAAAUUGUUCGAAAUAUCAUAAUUUAUAAAUGAAAACUCCAAAAUCAAAACAUAAAAGAUCCCCCAAUGAAAUUGAUAUUGAUAAUCAUUCAUCAAUAAAUGAUCAAUUAUUUUUAAUUUUAUCAUUAGAUACCGCUGAAAAUUUUUUAAAUCAUUUAAAUAAUCAUAAACAACUUAAAUUAGAAAUACAAAAUUAUUUAGAAAAAUCAAAUUUAUUAUUACAAAGACCAAAUUUACCAUUUAAUUCAUCAUUUAUAAAAUCGAAUUUAUUUAAUCAACAAAAUAAUCAAUUAAAUUCAAUAAAUUUAAUUGAUAAUAAUUUUAAUAAAAUGGAACCUAAAACAUCAUUAUGGGAUUGUGCAUUAAUUAAUUAUUUUAUUGAAUGUAUUCAAUGGUCAAUAACUAAAUGGAUUAAUGAAUAUUAUAAUUAUAAUAAUAAUAAAUUUAAUUUAAUUGAUAAUAAAAUUCAUCAUUCAAUGUUUCAAUCAUUAUCGAUUACUACUACUACUAAUAAUAAUAAUGAUAAUAUAGAAAAAUUAAUUUGUAUUAUCAUUAGUUUUACAAUGGCUUAUAUAUUAUUACGUCAUUUACAAUUAUGGCAAUUAGCAAAUAAACAUUUAUAUAUUAAUCAAAAUAAUGAAAAUAAUAAAACUACCUGUUUAAUAGGAUCCAUUCGUUUCUUUAAAUCAUUAUUUCAAUUAUCACCUGUGUACAACACGAACAAUACUACUACUACUACUACUACUAAUAAUAAUAAUAAUAAUAAUAAUAAUAAUGAAAUGGAUGAAAUUAAUCUUAUAAAAUUUGAAAAACAAUUUACUGGUUAUUUAUUUAAUCUUGAUUCAAUGGCGGCAAAAUUAUUAAUAGAAUAUUUUUCAAAAAUUUUUUUAAAUAAACAUCAUUUAUUAGAGAAAGUAUUUGGACCGUAUACAGCAACAAAUCAAAAAUUAAUAAAAAUUCCUUGUCCACUUUAUUUUGAUACUUUAUUGGAAACAUUUGAAACAUCAACAGAUUCUAUAUGGCCAGCUCCAUUAUCUGAAGCUAUUCCACUUAAAUUUAUUUCAAAAUAUCCUGAAUUAUUUCCUGAAAAAGUAACUAAAUGGUUAAAAAUUCUUAAACCAGAUAAUAUUCCGAAAGAAAUUCAACAACAACAACAAGAUCAACAACAAGAAGAUCAACAAAAUGAACAAUCUAUAUCUUCAGAAAAACAAAUUCAAAUUAAUUCAACAAUAGAUGAAUUAAAACAAAACGAGUUAAAUUCAAUAUUCAAAUAUCUUACUUCUAUUGAUACAUUAAAUUUAAAUGAAUUAAAUGCAAUCAUUCAAGUAAAUCAAACAGAAUUGGAUAGUAUUAUACAAAAGUUAUUCACUGAACUAUCUAUAAAAUAUUCUAAUAAUGAUUAUUUAAAUAAAAUAAAACAGAAACAAAUUGAAUUAGGUAAACAAUUAAUUGAUAGAGCAAAACUUAGAAUUAGUGAAUGGAAUAAUCAUCCAAAUGAAUUAAAAUAA